AUGGCCUUUUCCUACACCCUCUACUUGAUAGUCGUAAGCGCAAUAGGCUUGGUCAGUGGCCAGUCUUCCAGCAAUGUCUCGCCAAACUCAUCUCUAGCGAAUGCACCUUACAAGGACCCUUCCCUUCCAGUCGAGACUCGCGUGCAAGACCUCCUCUCUCACAUGACUAUCAAUGAGAAAGCAGCCCAAUUGAUGCAAGGCGACAUCUCCAACUGGCUGAACACGACCACGGGUGUUUUCAACCGAUCAGGGCUGGUGCAAAACUUCGAGCAGAAAGCCGGCAUGUUCUACGUCGGAUAUCCCAUCUCCUGGGAGUGGCUUGCUACGAACAUCAAGCGAGGACAGGAUUACGCUGUCAACGAGACGAGAUUGGGCAUUCCUGCCAUUGUGCAGACCGAAGGCAUCCACGGCUUUCUGAUCAGAAAUGCUACAAUCUUCAACAGUCCCAUUGCCUAUGCAUGCUCUUGGAACACGUCCCAAGUUCACGACAUGGCUGUCCAGAUUGCUAAAGAAGCGCAAGCGCUCGGGGUCUCCCAACUCUUCGCACCCGUCACAGAUCUAGCCAGGGAACUCCGUUAUGGUCGAGUCGAAGAGACAUUCGGCGAAGACGGCUAUCUCGCUGGGGAAAUCUCCGCCGCCUACAUCAAAGGCGUGCAAUCCCUUAAUGUCAGCUCCAUGGUCAAGCACUUCAUAGGCUCCAGCGAGCCAGAGCAAGGUCUGAACACAGGUCCAGUCCAUGGCGGCGAAAGACAGCUUCGAACGACCUGGUUCCCAGCCUUCAAGAAAGCCAUCAUCGAUGCUGGAGCGUGGGCUAUUAUGAGUGCUUACAGCAGCUACGACGGCAUACCUCAAGUUGCAGAUGAACAUACCUUGACAGAGAUUCUGAGAGACGAGUGGGGAUACGAAUACUUCGUGUCGUCCGAUGCGGGUGCUACUGAUCGAUUAGCCAAUCCGUUCUACAUCUGUCCAACGCCGUUGAACAAGUACAACAACCCAAUCACAGAGGGCAACGAGUGCGUAACCCUCAACGCGCUGCCUGCUGGAGGCGAUGUCGAAAUGGGUGGUGGGAGCUUCAAUUAUCGAUCCAUACCGGACCUGGUUGCCUCUGGACGUCUGAGUGAGGAUAUUGUCGAUCGAGCUGUGAGCCGGGUGUUGAGGACAAAGUUCACGAUGGGACUGUUUGAGAGACCUUAUCAGAUUGCCCCGAAGGAGCAGUGGGGCGGCAUCAUCAACACACCUGAAGCUAAGCAGCUUGCGAGGGAAGUCGAUAGGGAUAGUAUUGUUCUGUUGAAGAAUGAUCACAACAUCCUUCCGAUCACAGUCAUCGGCCCCAUGGCCCACGGAUACAUGAACUACGGCGAUUAUGUUGUCAACGCCUCCCAAUACCGCGGCGUGACGCCCCUGGAUGGCAUCCGCGCCGCAAUCGACUCUUCCAGCGUAACCUACGCCCGAGGCUGCGAACGUUGGAGCCUCGACCAAAGUGGCUUUCCAGAAGCCAUCUCCGCCGCCUCAGAGGCCGAUGUUGCGGUCAUAGUGGUAGGGACCUGGUCCCGCGACCAGGUGGAGCUCUGGGCGGGCCUCAAUGCAACCACAGGCGAACACGUGGACGUCUCCUCCCUCGACCUUGUAGGCGCCAUGCGACCCCUCGUCCAAGCCAUCAUCAACACCACCACGCCCACCGUAGUGGUAUUCUCCUCAGGGAAACCUGUCACAGAAUCCUGGAUCUCCAACACCACCGCCAGCCUCGUCCAGCAAUUCUACCCCUCCGAGGAAGGCGGCCAUGCACUCGCCGACAUCCUUUUCGGCGACGUGAACCCCAGUGGUAAGCUGAGCGUAAGCUUCCCUCACGACGUAGGCACUCUCCCAGUCUACUACGACUAUCUCAACUCCGGCCGUACCACGGAUCCCGGAUUCCUCGGCGAAGACGGGAUUCUCUACUUCGGCCACCAAUAUGUCCUCAACACACCCCAGCCAUGGUUCCCCUUCGGCUACGGUCUCUCCUACACAAACUUCACCUGGUCAAACGUCUCCCUCUCGGCCACAAAUGUCUCCUCAUCCGAUACCAUCACAGCCUCUAUAUCCCUCACAAACAGCGGAGACAGACCAGGCGCAGAAGUCGUCCAGCUCUACGUCAAAGACGUGCUCGCAAGCGUUGACAUUCCGAAUAUUCAGCUGAAAGGGUUUGACAAGGUCUUUCUCGAGGCUGGGGAGAUGAGAGAGGUGAGCAUUGAUUUGGAUGUGGGCGAUGUUGGCCUGUGGGAUAAGAAGAUGGAGUAUGUGGUAGAGAAGGGGCAGUUUGUGGUGUAUUUGGGGGCGAGUAGUGCGGAUUUGGGGAGGAAUGCGAGUUUUUGGGUUGUUUGA